CUGCGGCUCGGGUCCCCCAGCUCGGCCCCUCCUCCUCUCCCUCCGCCCCUCCAACCUGCACUUGCAGAGGCGCGUGCGCCCUUCCGCCGCCACCUGGGCGCUUUCUCCGGGGUCCCGGCACCCCACGCAGCCACGAGCCCGUGGCCCUCGGGAACUCGAGCCCAGGAUGCAGCACCGAGCCUUCCUCCUGCUCGCCCUGCUCGCCCUGCUGGCGCUGCCCUCCGCGGUGGCCAAAAAGAAAGACAAGGCCAAGAAGGGCGGCGCUGGCAGCGAGUGCGCCGAGUGGACCUGGGGCCCCUGCGUCCCCAGCAGCAAGGACUGCGGCGCGGGCCUCCGCGAGGGCACCUGCGGGGCGCAGACUCAGCGCGUGCGCUGCCGGGUGCCCUGCAACUGGAAGAAGGAGUUCGGAGCCGACUGCAAGUACAAGUUCGAGAGCUGGGGCGGGUGCGAUGGGGCCACCGGCACCAAAGCCCGCCAGGGCACCCUGAAGAAGGCGCGGUACAAUGCCCAGUGCCAGGAGACCAUCCGCGUGACGAAGCCCUGCACGCCCAAGACCAAAGCCAAGGCCAAAGCCAAGAAAGGGAAAGGAAAGGAUUGAGCCGCGCUGGGAUGGCUGAGGAUCCCCUUGCUUUAUUAGGGGCCUAGCCGCCCCCUGCCGACUGAAGGCCCGUGACACCGCCCACCAGUGCCUUUUCUACUCUAGCUUUAUCAAUCAUGCCUCUCACCUGCACCCCCACCCACCCAAGUGCCCAAGUGGGGAGGCGCAAGGGAUUCUGGGAUGUGCCCCCCAGGUUUUUUGUUGUUGGUACCCAGGAUCGAACUUGGUACCUUGUGCUUGCAAGGCAGGCGGUGGAACGACUGAGCUAUACACCCACCCCCCGUUUUCGAUUCCCAGUGCCCCCUUUGUUCUUCCUCACCACCCUGUUACUAAGAAAUGAAUAAAACGAGUGAACUUCUUUCCCA